AUGACCUCUACACUCACUGCCCUUCUCUUCCUUGGGCUGUACCUGAGCCAGACCACCAGCACCCAGAAGCAGAUUCUUUCAAAACCCAUCAUCUGGGUCAAGCCAAAUUUCAUGAUUCCAAAGGGAAUGCCAGUGUUGAUCUGGUGCCAGGGGACUCCUGAGGCCAUUGAAUAUCAGCUGCAUCUUGAAGGACAUCUCUAUGCCCAGCAGAGCCCAAAACAACUUGAAAGGAGGAACACAGUCAUGUUCCGCAUCCCAAAAAUGACCCUGCUCACUGCAGGGCGAUACAGGUGCUUUUACCGAAUCAAGGAGCUCUGGUCAAAGCCUAGUGACCCUCUGGAUCUGGUGUUAACAGGAAUGUAUGAUACGCCCACUCUCUCCGUUCAUCCCGGGAAUAAGGUGAUUUCGGGAAAGAAUGUGACCUUCUCUUGCCGUCUAGACACUGCAACAAACAAGUUCUUUCUGCUCAAGGAGGGACAAUCCAGCCACCCACAACACAGAUAUGGGAACAUCCAGGUGGAGUUUCCCAUAGGCCCUGUGACCACAGCCCACAGAGGGACGUACAGAUGUUUUGGCUCUUAUAACAACCAUGCGUGGUCUUUCCCCAGUAAGCCUGUGAAACUCCUGGUCACAGAAGGUGUUGGGGACACCAGCCUUGUACCCACAGAACAUACAUCUUUUUCUGAACCUUGGGACACCUACUUGUUAGCCACAGAAGCAGAAUUCCAGCAAGACCCUGCCUUCUGGGAUCACACUGCCCAUAAUAUCCUUCAGAUUGGUCUGGCUUUCCUGGCUCUGGUGGCCCUCAUGUGCCUCCUGGUUGAUUACUGGCUUUGCAGGAAGAGGAUACAAGAGCAAGCCAACAGGGCUUCACCUCAGAAAUGCAGGAGAAGGUUCAGAACACAGAGAACCCUGGACAAAUGA